AUGUCAGAACCUGGCGAUGGGGCACAUGCCCUCGCACUCCCAGACUCCUCAAGGGUGGUCCCUACCUCCACAGAAGCAAGGGCCAAGUGCCGCAUCGCUGCGUUGGAAGAAGAAUUACAAAUGAUGAGGCAAGAAAGAGGAACAAAGCAAAGAAAAACUACCUACUAUGUCGCUCAAGGCAGGGGGGUUCGUCACAUGAGCGUCCUUUAUACUAACCUAGAAGACUUGAUUGCCAAGAACAAUCACAGGUAUGAGGAAGCCAUAUUGGACAACUUGGAGGGCAGCACCCCAGAGUAUGUCUUUUGUAUUUUUGUAACAUAUCUAACUCCAUUUUUCAGACAAAAUCGCCUGCAGCGAGGCUACCUCACACUCUCACAAGCUCUGCCGUGGUUUUAUUCUAAACUUUCAGACCUUGAUGCUGAUGACUGUGAAGAUAUGUUGAAAAAGAUUAAAAGAGGAGCUGAUGCGGCCCAUGGUGAUGAUACUUCCACCCUUAAGGACCUCAUCGCUACCUGGGUUAAUCAGGAUUUUCACCUGUCGCCUCUACUCCGGUCUAAUGACAAGCAGCUGUGUGGCUUCGCACAUGAUGUUUGUGGGAAUUUACUAUGCCCUGCUGAGUGGGACUGGAAUGAUAACUGUGUGAAGGCCAGUAUUCGCGAUAGAACAUUGGACUUCAUUGUAUCAGAAAAUUCCUGGCCAUGGUUUGUGUACGAGAACUACUCGUUCAAUGUUAGCGACCUAGAGAAAGGUCUUUUCAAGUCGAAAAUCCUCGUUCAGGCUUUCAAAGCCAUAUUUACAUCGCCAUCUUCUGCAAGAGAAGCUGAUGGCGAUGGCGCCGACAUCCUCGAGAAUAACAGGCACGCUUGUCGGGCAUUAAAUCAAGUCAAGGUCAAAAUGUGUGUUCGUUUUGCGCUAUCCAGCGUCUCAUCUUGGCACACCGUCAAUGGGGACUUUGACUAUGAAGGAUUCUGGAAUAAUAUUGUUGACUUCUUCGAGGAAGUCCCUGGCCCUGUUGUACAAUGUAGGGUAAGCAAACUUCUUGAAUGGUGGACAAGGAAGAUUUUUGGAAAAAAUCACCGUGAGGAUCUCACACCUGAAGUUGUGUCUCAGAUGUCCGUUACAGUGCUGGCAGAACAGAGAAGGGCACAAGAGGAUGCUGCAUUCAAUUCGGAGUAG